GCUAGCGACGAUUUUUUCAGACUGUUCGAAAGUUGGCGGCGCGUUUUGUUGCGAAUGAAACAGACAAUAUUGAAGGAACCACCACAUUCUUCGUUUCAGGUCCCCAUAAUAAUUUUCGAGCAGGAACUUUAGUUAACAAGUAGCCUUUGAAAUCUUUAAGCCAAUCGUAGCAAUCCACCGUAAUCUUUUCACUGCCAUUAUGUGUCAAGCUGCCGAUGAAAAAUGAAGCUUUUCCGCAAGAGCUCCCGUAACUGCCAACCGUUUUUCCUGCUGGUUCUUGCGGUUUGUGCCAGCCAAUUUUCUCCAACAUCAGCACAAUGGGGCAACCCUCAGCAGCAACCCGGAGGACAGUUUCCACUUCAACAACCCGGAGGACAAAUUCCCCAGCAGCAACCCGGAGGACAAUAUCCGCUUCAGCAACCCGGAGGACAAAUUCCCCAGCAGCAACCCGGAGGGCAAUAUCCACUUCAGCAGCCCGCUGGCCAAUUCCCACAGCAGCAACCCGCUGGCCAAUUUCCACAGCAGCAACCCGGAGGGCAAUAUCCUUCACAGCAACCCGGUGGACAGUUCCCACAAAAUCCCAUCCAGCAACAGCCCCCUUCAAACUCCCAAGAUGGCUACUACAUAUCCUCCUAUCCGCAAGGAAGCCCGCAAGGCAGUCCUCAAGGCAAUCCUCAAGGAUAUCCCCAAGUGAAUCCUACAGGGAACCCACAAUAUCCAUCCUCCGAAACGGGUGUCCAAAACUAUGACGACCAGCAAACAGAGUGUACCGCUCAAUCCCGGCUGGUCGGAGGCACGAAUGCCCAGUGGAACGACGCACCGUACAUGGUAUCGCUGCGCGAACUCAAAAACGACCACUUCAACAACUUCGGAUUGGGUCAUUUCUGCGGAGGAACUCUGAUUCAUCCUUACUUGGUCCUCACUGCUGCCUCUUGCAUUGCGAACCGUGUGGCCAGUGACAUUGGCAUCGUCGUGGGUACCCUCAAUCGGCGGAAGCAGGCAUCGUCUUCGCAGCUGUUGUUCGUCCAAAAAAUGAUACCACAUCCGUCCUACACGUUCCAGACCGGAGGGCACGAUAUUGGGGUUAUUUUGUUGAAGACUGCCGCCUUCAUAGGUCCACGGGUUAAGCUUGCCACGCUCGCAUAUAAGGACCCACGAGCCGGAAGUGACUGCGCGCUGUAUGGAUGGGGACAAACAACGUCUCAGGGUCAGUUGUACACGGAUUGCUUACGCAAGGCUGUAGUCAAAGUACAGGACCUGGAGGAAUGCAAGCGUAACUUCCAGCAGGUGAGCAUCAAGAUUCCGCCGUCCGUAUUCUGUGCAGGGUACUUCGGCGGUGGUCCAGAUGCCUGUCAGGGAGAUAUCGGCGGCCCAGCAAUAUGCGACGGCAACUUCCAAGGAAUCAUCGGCAACAAAGUAGGCUGCGGAACAGCUGGCGCCGGUAAAAUUUAUACCAACAUUUACAGCUUCCGCAAUUGGAUCGAAUACACGACGACCAGCUUGAAGGCAGAAUUUGAAAAUAUGUAUCCCGAGGGUUCGUUGAAUAUGAGAAGUGAUGUUCGCGACGAUGCGCCGGCACCGGAAGCCGCGGAGACAUCUGGCGUGCAAGGGAAGUGUGUGUCGGUAGGAUUGGCCCUCGCAGCCGGGUUAGCAUUAAUGUUGGCUUAGAUUUAUUAUUUGUCAUAGAGCAUUUUUAUACAGCUGCCUAAUAAAAUUUAACUGUUUAGUUCAAUCCA